UCAACAAACUUCCCAAAAUCAAUAAUUGAAAGACAACUAGAGAUGAGAAAGAGAUCGACGAGGAAAUCAUCAGCCGCUGAACUCCUGGUAUCACCUCCUCCACCACCAUCAGACACGGCGGCGACGAGGAGCCCAUCGCCGAAGGAGUCUCCCGCAGGGCAGUUCGAUUUCGAUCUUAAUGCAUUCGCCGGUAUCGCCUCGUCUUUGAAGAAGAAGAGCAACAAAAACGGCGUAUCUGGCGCAUCAGGUUCCAAGCGGAUUCAGCCUACUGGAUUCUCUCCAUCGCCGCAGCGGUCGCUGAAAAAUGUGAACACGAUCGCUGAUCUGAAGGACCUGGCGUCUUCUAAUAUAGCUUCCAUUAAGCAUCAGCUGGAGAGAUCGCAUUCUGAAAUUUUGAAGGAUAUUGAGUCGUCAAAUUGCCGUCUGCACAAACGCUACAAGAUUCAGACUCAAGAAUGCCAGAGAGUCAUGGAUGAGGCAGAGAAAGAAUAUAAGAAGAUGAAUGAUCGAAUCAAUGAAGUUAGAGAAGCAAUGAAGGCUUCAUAUGCUGUUUCUAUAGCAGAAGCACAGGCCACUGCAUCUCGGCUUUGUAAAACAACUAUUCCCGAGCUAGCAAAAAGUUCUGAGAACAGCAUUUCUUCACUCAAGAGGCGUUUUGGGAUCUCAUCGACUUGAGCUUGGCAGCUUGAAGUUCCUAGGAUUCAAAUGCAUAGAUAUAUUACUGGAAAUUGUGAAGAGAAGCCAUCUGAGGGUUCUCUACUGCAGCAACUUGUAUUACUGAGCUAGCUAAAACUAUUCUUUUGUGAUGGUUAAUGAAUCCACUUGGUAUAUGUGCAAUUGAUUAUGACACAGAAUGAGAAUUAGAUAGUUAUUCAUCUAAAA